AAAAAAUACUAGUAUUAUUACCAGUAGUAUCGGCCAUUGAAAUAGGUCUGCUGAAAUGGGAGAUGGGAAUGACAUGAUGUGGGGCCAUUUACCCCUUCUGUUGAGAGCGAGCUCCAAAGAGUCGGUGGAAUACAUACUCGAAGCCCUGUGGCGCACCCGCCGCACUGGCCUUGACGCCGCCGACCGGCAAAUCUUUCGCGAUAUCCUUCAGCUGCCCCCAAACGAUUCCAACCUCGACCCUCUAUUAGUUUGCCUACGAGUAUUGAUUAGGAGGUGUGUUCAUGAUAAUAUUGAUAGAGAUGAGAUUCAGAAGUUGUUUCCUGCUCAAGUCCUGCCUGAAUUGCAAAGAUUGUUGACUCUUUUACUGCAAAAGUUUCAAAAGGAAUGGCGAGAGGAUGUAGCAAAAGACCAGGUGACUUUGCCUCGUCUAAAAUCAAUGACAUGGAACACGAUGAAUGAGGAACAAACAGAACUUACAGCAGUUAUCAACAUGAUGCUUAAUAGCGAUGCACGGGCAAACUCGGAUGAAAGGGAUCUCAAGUUUCAUUUGGUAAAAGGGAGAAAUGGGAAACAGACACCUGAGUCAGAAUUCUAAUAUCAUUAUAGAUUAGGUUCCAAUGUUCCCCAAUGAUCAAGCACAACCUAGCCGAAUUGAACAGUUGAUGAAGCAACUACUUUGUGAGAAAGCAACUCUCCCGAAGUUGUUGCCAGCGCAAACCGUGGUGGAACUUGUUCCUCCUCCUAUAGUUCUUCUACACCUAUGUUCCUCUUCCAACACCUACACCUACCCUCUCCUUUACAUGCACUACCUGCUCGUCUCUACUCUCUCAACGAGGACUCUAGGGUUGGUCAAAGAUGAGGUUAUAUUGACUAGCGAUGAGAUGAGAGCGAGACGAGGGACCUUCCUGUGGAAGAUGAGAAGGUGGUCAGCAAGCGGCAUGGUGUCGUUUGACGCUUGGCAGGCAAAGGUGAAGUCGAUUUCUUCUCCUCAUGGUUUUGACUUUUCCAUGGUUAAGCGGAUUACCAAGAUGUCGAAGAAAGUCUCUACAGAUAUACUUUAUGGUGUGGUGAAGGUCUCUGGCGGGCACACAAUCCAAGCGGGGCCGAGUUUAAACAUCACUUGGCCA